UGCCUCCACCUCCCUCCCUGAUAGAAGAGAGAAAGAAGAAGAAGAUUCUAGAAGUCACCAGAGAGAUCACUGAGCUGCUGACAGGAGAGGUUCCUAUAAGGUGUCAGGGUGUCACUGUCUAUUUCUCCAUGGAGGAGUGGGAGUAUUUAGAAGGACACAAGGAUCUCUACAAGGACGUCAUGAUGGACAAUCAGCCGCCCCUCACAUCACCGGAUGGAUCCAGUCAUGGGAACCCACCAGAGAUGUCCCCCCGUCUCUGUAUUCCCGGGAUUCCACACAGGAAGGUCACACCAUCCCUCACCAUCAUCAGAGUGGAAACCUGAGAGAUCCUAAAGUUGAGGUUAAGGAAGAGAUAAAAGAGGAGGAGGAUGAGGAUGGGGGGAUGGAGGAGUCAGAGCUUCUAAAAGAACACAAAGAUCUGUACCAGGACACCAUGGUGGAGUCAUCCAGCUACAGGAACCCACCAGAGAGAUGUCCCCGUCCUCUGUAUUCCCGGGAUUCCACACAGGAAGGUCACACCAUCCCUCACUAUUUCAAGAGUGGAGAUCCAAUCGAUAUAGAAUUUGAGGUGAAAGCAGAAGAAGAAGAGGCGUAUGUGAGGGAUGAUCAGCAGUCUAUGGAGGAGGAUGGAAUAACGGGGACAUUUAUAGAGGAGGACACUCCUACAGAGAUCAGCACAGUCCAUGGCCGGGAGAUGAGGAAAACCUCCGAGGAUUGUCUCACUUUGUCUCCAGACUGGAAAGUAGAAGAUGAGGACAUCACACAGUAUAGUCCAGGAGAAAACCCGGCUCCCUCCAAUGUCCAU